AAAAGCAGAGAGAGAGAGAGAGAGAGAGAGAGAGCACACUGGUGAUUGCACACGGGACUGGCUUGUGCAGGGCGGGAACACCAAUCAGGGAAUACCAUCAGAGAACAGUUAUGACAGGAAAAUAAUGGACCGUUCUUUUCAGACUCUUUGAAUAAACAGAAAAUGGCUUCGCCCUUAAAACUAGUUGGACUUCAGCACCAACCGUCGAAAAUGGGUUCUAUUACGACACAUAGAUGCACAGGAUUUGGAAUCCAGGAAAUUCUGGGCUUGAACAAGGAGCCGCCCGCGUUUCCGCGGCAUCCGUUGGAAUCUCUGCAGCACAGGGCGCACCUUCUGACGGCUAGGUCGGCUUUGGGCCCCGCGGCAGUCGGGGUUGGAAUGGGAAUUAUUGGUCCAGGAGGGAUUCAUUCGUUUUACAGCCAGCCUGCCUUUCUGGAGGUGUUGCAGGAGGCGCAGAGUGUUCACCUUCAGCCGCUCAACAGGGCCAGGGCAACGGGACAGCUGGAUGCCCACCACUCCGCAAGCUGUUCUGAUUCAGAUGACGUUUCCUCCAGUGAAAAGACAUUUUCUAAUUCAUCCAUGAGCCAGAACAAGAAAAGAAAGAAGAGACGUCACAGAACUAUAUUUACUUCGUAUCAGCUGGACGAGUUGGAGAAGGCUUUCAACGAGGCCCACUACCCCGAUGUUUACGCCAGAGAGAUGCUCUCCAUGAAGACGGAACUUCCAGAGGACAGGAUACAGGUUUGGUUUCAGAACCGCCGUGCCAAGUGGAGGAAGAGGGAGAAGUGUUGGGGUCGCAGCAGUGUGAUGGCGGAGUACGGCCUGUACGGUGCCAUGGUCCGCCACUCCAUCCCUCUGCCCGAGUCCAUCCUCAAGUCAGCCAAGGACGGCGUCAUGGAUUCCUGCGCCCCAUGGCUACUGGGUAUGCACAAGAAGUCCAUGGAUACCCCUGUACCAACCUCUUCUGGGAAACUAGAAGCUCCCCAUUCCCAACCGCCUGCCAGGGAACGAGAGAGGGAGAGAGUGGUGGAGAAAACAGAGGAGGAGGAGAGGAGGAUGGAGAGUACCAGAUCGUCCAUGUCCAAAGAGGAACUGCGAGAGAAUAGCAUCGCUGCACUCAGAGCUAAAGCACUGGAACACAGCGCUAAGAUGCUGGGGACACAUCCUGGGGACGGACCACCGGGAACAGUUUCAGGGGACGGAACAGGGGGACAGCCAGUGGAGACAGAGGACAAAGAGGAGGACAGUUGAAGCCUGCGUUGGAGAGAGAGAGAGAGAGCCCAGUCACUGAUAUGAAUGCUCAUCGUCUGAAGAAGUUGAUGCCCUCUCUGUAAAGAACACUGUUUACAUACUCCUGAUGUCUAUACUAUCAUAAACAAGAUGGUAUCGGUCACAAUACACAAUAUUCUCAGUAGCAAAAAAAAGUUCAUAAUGUUUCUUUGACACCAAGACCUGAUAUCGUCAACAUCAAAAUCCUUCAGUCAUGGAGAUCAAUUUUGUACAGAUCACAUUUUGCAUCAUGGGAAAUUCCGCCUCGGUAAACUGCUAUAACUAUACCCCGGUCUAUAACUGUCCACUGUUUUGUAAUCUGUCAGCUAUUUGGGUGCUUGCUAUUCUGCGACUUUAGGCCGACUAACUAUUUGGUUACGUAGAUCAGUCUCUACAUAACAUAAUAGGGGACAGUACAUAGGCUAAGGUAAUACUCAAAACAUGUCGUGACAAAAAUAUACAUGGUGUCUUGUGGAAAAAACAAGAGACUAAACUUGCAGAGGAUUCGUGGACCUUUUUAACACAAACAUAUUCUCUUGAAAUGUAUGGUGGAUUUCUCUAUUGUAAUAAUUUUAAAACGAAAUAUAGCUACGUUCAUGUAGUUGGAAAUGAGUAAGUUGUGUUUUUGUUUCGUCUCUGUGUUCUGUAUAAGAGUAAUAAAACGUUAUUUACGUGGAA